AUGUCCUCCAAACGAAAGCCGGACGGUACGAAGAAGGCAGUGAAAAAGCGAAAAAACUCCGAAACGAAUUAUGAUUCCGACUUGAGUGACGAAUAUCCACGAGCGGGAGAACCGUCCGUCCGGGAGGUGGUGGUGGAGGAGUUGCGGCCCAUGGAAAAGCUGCCGGAAGAGCUGCUGGCCGUGUACGAUAAAGGACCCGGUAAGCUGCUCAUUGCGGGCAUGGUGUCCUGGGAAAUGACCGGCAAACGUGACUCGAAAGGGGUGACCAAGAUUCGUCCGAAUCUGUUCACCUUCCACAGAUUUACCAGCGAAACGUACCGUUCAAUGGCAAGCUUCUGUUCUGCCGCUCAUUCGGUGUUGAUUGAUGAAAACUGGAAAGCUUUUACCUUUGGACGCAAUCAACUCAGCCAGCUGGGCCUUGGUGAUACAACAACGUAUGAAAAACCGACGCAGGUGGCAGAUUUGGCUGAUUUUAACGUUAUACAGGCGGCGUGCGGUCGUAACCAUACGCUGUUCCUAACCGAUACCGGCACCGUGUAUGCCUGCGGUGACAACAAGAGCGGCCAGUGUGGUGUGGGUAACAAGUUGCCCACGAUCACCUCGCCUACGCGGAUCAGCUACAAUGGGCCACCGAUCAUAAAGGUCGGAUGUGGUGCCGAGUUUUCCGUAAUACUGGAUAUUAAGGGCAACUUGCACACGUUCGGUUUGCCAGAGUACGGGCAGCUGGGCCACAAUACGGACGGUCGGUACUUUGUCACCUCGACCAAGAUGUCGUUCCACUUCGAAACGCAACCGCGCAAGGUUCUGGUGUACAUGGAGAAGAACAAGGAGGGCCACGUGCUGCCGAUUGAAAAUGUCAAUAUUAUUGACUUUGCCUGUGGCAAUAACCAUACCGUGGCAAUCGAUUCGAAGAACCGAGCGUACAGUUGGGGCUUUGGGGGUAUCGGCCGUUUAGGUCAUGCUGAGCAGAAAGAUGAGAUGGUACCGAGACUGAUCAAAUUCUUCGACACACAGAACCGCAAAGUGAUGCGCGUGUUUUGUGGCUCAUCGUACAGUUUGGCAAUAUCCGAUAUUGGUUCAUUGUAUCUGUUCGGCCAAAACAAGAAAACUGGCGAAGCCAACAUGUACCCGAAACCAGUGCAGGAUCUAGCUGGCUGGAACAUUACCAGCAUCGGUACGGGUUAUACCUCGAUCGUAAUAUCGGCAGACGAUUCGUUGAUUGCUUGGGGCGCAUCACCGACCUACGGAGAACUGGGUUUGGGUGAUUUGCAAAAAUCUUCCUCCACGCCCAAGGAGGUGACGCGCAUGGAGGGCAUGAAAAUUCCCCUAGUUGCACUAGGAUACUCCCAUUCGUUGCUGCUGGUCAACACGGAGCAUGAAAAGUCGAAGGAGAAGUAUGACAACCUGCCCGAGUUUGUCGUCUAG